AUGGAUUCCCGCUUCUUUCUUUUAGCAGCUCCUGUUGCCGUCGUUGCAGCUAUUCUAUGGAGAAGGCGCCCGAAGACCGUUGAAGCGAGCAACCCGGGCAAUUCGUGGAUGAUCCGGGACUUAGCAGCUUUAAAGGACCGUUGCGAAGCCGCCGCGGCUUUAUCGAAGCUUGUCGAGGAGGAUGGCGCCGGAAGCUGGCCGCCAAAGGCAGAUCACAACUCGUGGCCAACACCGCUACUCCCCUACAAGGAUAUCUACCUAGAACUUGCCCCACUUUUACCGACUCCCAGGCCAUCGCUUGAUUCGGAGGUCAAUGACGAAAAACGUGCUAGAUACCGUUCGCUGAUGCGAAGACUACUAUCAGAGCGCAUCAACGUCCCUCAGGUUGAAGACAUCUUGGCUACAGUUGAAACUGGAAACUGGGAGUCGUUCCCCCGAGAUGCAUAUAAUGGAUUUUACUGCUGUAUCGCAGUGCUGCGUCACGCCUAUAGGUGGGCAACUAUUCCAGUUGUCAAGGUCGCACAAAGUGAGACCGUUAUUAAUUUCCCGGCUGAACUCGAUGCGCCUUGGCCAUAUCUUCAGCGAAAUUUCGGCGUAGAUGCCGACAGCGGAAACAACACUUCAAACGUUUUGCUUAACUUUGAUGUAAAUGGUGAAAGGAUCUAUAAGAUUAACGUUGGCUUGUCAGAGGUGAUCAGGUCAUCUGAAGAUGUUUUCUUCAAAAUGUUCUAUGACUUGGAAGUAAUGGCAUUCCCGAUAUAUUAUGAUAUGGUUCGAGCCAUUAUUUCCUUUGAAGAGAAAGACAAGGCAUCCUGCGUGAGGUAUCUUCGGCACCUCAACGCCAUGCUUCGAGAACUUCUCUUAAUUUUUUAUCACAACCUCAAUGAUUCGCGAGUAUCUCGCUCUGUCUGGCUGAGCCACAUCCAAGGCUUUCAGGGCUGGGGUGUCGGAAAGACCGUCGAUGGCGAAUUUGUCAAGUACGAUGGCCUUUCUGGCAAUCACGUCUUAGCAUUCCAAGCCAUCGACUCCUUUCUGGGCAUGGAACCUUAUCUUCCCGAGGAGAAUCUACUCCGAUAUAUUCCCGCAAACCAACGAGCGCUUUGCCUCAUGUUCAAAAAAUGCUCUUUCCGCCCACGAUUAGAGGAGAAGGAUACACAGAUCAAAGACGAGAUUUCAAAGAUUGCGAAGCAGCUCAGGGCAUUCCGAGCAGCACACCGGACGAGAGUCAUUCCAUAUCUAGAACAACCCGCGCCGGAGCGGUUCACUAUGACGGCGGGGAAAUCUGUGUUACAGGGCACGCUGUCGGAGGCGAUUAGGUUCUUGGAUGACAUGAUGCUACGGCGGCUCAAAGAGACGAUGUAA